AUGAUGGCAGCCCCACGGCCUCGCGAGCUCGCGGCUCGCCCGGCGCCGCGCCCUGCCGCGGCGCCUGCCCGUGCCGCGCCGGCCUCGAGCUCGCCGCCGCGCGGCCGCCGCGUCGUGGCGCGCUACUCCGUGCCGGCUUUCAUCCUGGAGCGCCAGAACGAGGCCGAGGAGGCGCUGCCGCUGCCGCAGCGCGUCGAGUCCGCUGCGGACGACCCGCUGCUGCACAACCCUCUGCAGCGGAUGGAGCGCCUCGGCACCGGCUGGUUUGGCGUCAUCGCUGACUACGAGGGCGUGGUCGUUGACUCCACCCUCGAGGUGCACAAGGAGGCCUGGCGGCGCGUAGCGGCGGAGAUGGACCUGCCGGCGCCGCUCGGCAGCACGCUGGCGCGCAUCAAGGGCGUGCGCGACGACCUGGUCGUCAUGCAGCUGCUGACGUGGACGCGCAACCCCUCCGCCGCUGCGUCCAUCGCGGCGCGCAAGGAAGAGCUGUAUGACGAGAUCAUGAGCGGCAACGCGCCCGCGGAGGCGCCGGGGGUGCGCGCGUUCCUGGAGACCCUGCAUAAUGUGAAGAUCCCCGUCGCCCUGGCGUCUUCUCUGUCGGAGCGCCGCGUGCGCCCCGCGCUGGACCGCCUCAACCUGGCGCGCAGCUUUGCCGCUGUCGUCACCGCCGAGGACAACGCGUCCCCUGAUCUGGAGCCCAGCUACCUGUCAGCUUCCCACCAGAUCCAGCGGCCCCCGCUGCGCUGCGUCGUCGUCGGAGACAGCAACCGCAGCGUCGAGGCGGCGCACGAGCUGGGCAUGAAGUCGGUCGUCGUCACCGGCGGCCAGCCGGCCUGGAACUUUGGCGGCGCAGACCUUGUCGUGCGGAACCUUGGGCAGCUGUCGGUCGUGAAUUUGAAAAACCUGUUUGGGCAGGAGGACCUGGUUGAGCCGUCUGUGCCCUGGGAGGAGAUCAAGAAGCAGCAGGAGGAGGAUUACGAGGCGCAGCUCUCAUCGGCGUCGAGCGGCGGCUUCGGCUUUGCCCGCGGCGGCGGCGGCGGCUCGAGCAGCGGGAGCUACAGCAGCGACCAGAGCAGCGGGGCGGUCUGGGAUCCGGACGCAGAGGAGGAGGGUGCGGGCCUCGCGGGCAUGUCGUGGGAUCGGGAGCCGGCGCUCGCCGCGAGCGCUGGCGCGAGGGCCGGCGGCGGCGGCGCGGCGUGGCGGGAGCAGGGGGCUGCGGCGGCCGCGGAUGAGGGGGAGGAGGAGUUUGAUGUGAUCCUGCCGCCCAAGGGCUCUGCCUUUUGGGACCUGCAGCGGUGA